AUGGCGACAGUUCAAGAGAGACAUCCGGAGCUCUUCCGUCCCAUCAGCAGUGAAUCGCCGCGAGGGAAAAAGAGGACUGUGCCGAUGCAAGUUCUAUGCCUUGGCUUUAAUAGGACAGGAACCUCAUCUAUGUGUGCGGCUUUAGAGCAGCUGGGGAUUCGAUGUUGGCAUUCCUUCCACCUGCUGUCCACCAACUUUGGCGAUAACGAGAUGUGGCAGGACGCCAUCAAUCGCAAGUUCUUCAACGCCGGAACACCUUUCGGCCGGGGCGAGUUUGACCAGCUUCUACACGGCUUCGGCGGUAUUUCUUCCGAUACACCAGCCAUCGCCUUUUCCGAGGACCUCAUAACAACGUAUCCGGAGGCCAAGGUUGUUUUGGUCGAACGAGAUAUUGAAUCGUGGUAUAAAAGCUAUAUGCACAGCAUCAUCGGCAACAUGUUCAACCCGUUCGUCCGCCUUGUAUAUUACUUCGACCGUUCCUACAUUUAUCCGAUCGGAAGGGUGCAGGAGACCACCGUGGAAGGAUGGCUUGGCAUUAAAAGCAAAAAGGAUGCGGAGCUGAAAGCGAAAGAGAAGUAUCGUGAGCACUACGCGCUAGUUAGGCGGAUUACUCCCAAGGAGAGGUUACUGGAGUUUAAACUGUCGGAGGGCUGGGAACCGUUGUGCGAGUUCCUCAGCAAGCCUGUCCCAAGCACACCAUUUCCCCAUUUAAAUGACCAGAAAUGGUUUGACGAAAAGGUAUCGAUCCUUAUGAAAAUCGGAAUUACCAAGCUGCUCUAUAAAAUUAGCCCCAUCAUUGCCUCGGUUCUCGCUGCAGUUGCUGGGUGCUUUGAAAGAGUCAUCUCGUCUGGCACCAUCCGGUUCUUUGUCGGGCCAAACAAAAGAGAAUUUGUUGCCCACGCCGCCGUUAUCGCCGGCCAAUCCCAACCGCUGCACAACUUGGUCUACGGCAAUUUCAGCGAAGCGAAACCGAACCAUGCCUUUUUGGAGUCUGUCGACGAGCUGGCGUUUGUGCUUCUCUGCGAAUAUGCAUAUACCGGUGACUACAACUUGGAGGUAGCGCCUCAGGACCCUGCACCCAACGGCACCAAUUUCGAGGAACCCCAGGCCGAGGCGCCCGCUGUCGAAGAAUCCAAGGACGAGGAACACGCCAUUGAGGAACCUAUCGCUGUGAACGGCGACGAUGAUUGGGGCUUACCUACAAGGAAGACUAGUAAGAAAAGGAAGAGUCGGAAACGGGAUCGACUUUGGAGAGGAUUCACAAGCGCCACAUACCUCGACAGCAGCAUUGUUUCAACGGGGCCGCCGUAUGAUCCAACAGAAUGCAAGAAUCCUGGUGAUGCCCUUCUUGCGCACACCAAAGUAUAUCUCCUCGCGGAUUAUUACGCGGUCCCGAAGCUCGUGUCGCUUUCACUGGAUAAGUUGCACCAGACUCUCUGUGCAUACGACGUCAACGGCGACACGAUUGAGGGUAUUGUCGAUCUUCUUCGGCUUGCAUUCGAGGAGGAAACUCCGGACCUGCUUAGAUCGAUGUUUUCGUUGUUCGCCGCAUGUCACGUUGAGAAAUUGUGGGAGAGCGAGAACUUUCGACAGUUGCUGAGUACAUAUGGGGAUUUGUCCAAGAGGUUGGUGGGGUCGAUGUUGGGCCGUUUAGAUUAA